GCGGCGGCCAGUUUGAAUCAAGGAACUCGCAGCUCAGCGAGAUACACAACAUCCGCACGCUCUCUCUGUUCUCAAAGACUUUCAUCAAGAUAUUGGAGGAAAAUAGAAGAGUUUGGUUAUUCAUCCAGAUUCGAUAUAGUUACAGAGAAGUAUUGAGAAAAUGGAUGACUAUCUGAAGAUAGAGAAAAUUGGUGAAGGUACAUAUGGUGUGGUAUAUAAGGGCAGGAAUAAAACCACUGGACAAGUGGUUGCUAUGAAGAAGAUCCGCCUGGAGAGUGAGGAGGAGGGGGUUCCCAGCACCGCUGUCAGAGAAAUCUCACUACUCAAGGAGCUCCAGCAUCCCAACGUUGUUCGCCUGCUGGAUGUAUUGAUGCAGGAGUCAAAGUUAUACCUGGUGUUUGAAUUUCUGUCCAUGGAUCUGAAGAAGUACUUGGACUCCAUCCCAUCAGGCCAGUUCAUGGAUCCCAUGCUGGUCAAGAGUUACCUGUAUCAGAUCCUUGAGGGGAUUCUGUUCUGCCACUGUCGCAGGGUUCUGCAUCGUGACCUAAAGCCCCAGAACCUGCUGAUUGAUAAUAAAGGUGUGAUUAAGCUGGCAGACUUUGGGCUGGCACGUGCCUUUGGAGUCCCGGUCAGAGUGUACACACAUGAGGUGGUCACUCUCUGGUACAGAGCUCCAGAAGUCUUGCUGGGGGCCUCACGUUAUUCCACACCCGUAGACGUCUGGAGUAUUGGUACCAUCUUUGCCGAACUCGCUACAAAGAAACCGCUCUUCCAUGGAGACUCAGAAAUAGACCGGAACAGUUUUUACAUUUUUAAGACUCUUGGAACCCCUAACAAUGAGGUCUGGCCAGAUGUUGAGUCGCUACCAGAUUAUAAGAAUACCUUCCCAAAGUGGAAAUCUGGGAAUCUGGCCAAUACUGUGAAAAACCUGGACAAGAACGGCAUUGACCUGCUCACGAAAAUGCUGAUUUAUGACCCUCCUAAGCGGAUCUCAGCACGGCAAGCAAUGACACAUCCAUAUUUUGAUGAUUUAGACAAGAGCACUCUUCCAGCCAGUAACCUGAAGAUAUAAACUUCAGUUCUAAAGCAGUGGAAGCUUAGUCUUUUGACACGCAAUAAUUAACCUUUUGCUCACUUGUUUAUUGGGUGGCUUUUGUACUUUUCUACUUUUUUUACUUUUGUUUUGUCUUUUUGUAUGUCUUUUUCCUAUCCUGUUUUGUUACAUCAAACACCCGUUUGUAAAUAAAACGUAUAUAUUUUUUGUGGACCUGAAGUGGCAUAUUACAAAGAUUAACUGUUCAUAAUAAAGAGCACUUUGUAGAAUCCCA